AUGGAUAACAGAUAUCCAUCAAAGAAGCGGAAAAAGGAUAGUGGAAGCAUAGAAAUCCAUAUGGAGCGGAAGGAUGAAGGUGAGAAAGCUUCUGAAGGAUUGUCCUCAUCAGAUGUAGAUGAACUUAUAUUGUUCAUCAGAAGGAUUUUAGGUUUUAUUACCAUAUGGUUAAUUACAUUGAGAUUAGUAGAAUUGCCCGAUGAUUCUUCAUUCGACGAGUUGAAUAACGUUCUUUGA